AUGAUAAGUGUAUUGAAUACGAUUGAUACAGGCCAUGAAGACAUGAUACAUGAUGCUGAGCUAGACUACUAUGGAUUACGUUUAGCAACAUGUUCAUCAGAUAAUUCGGUAAAGAUAUACGAUAUCAAGAGUGGUACGCAGACCCUUGCCGCCGAUUUAAAAGGACACUUCGGCCCAGUAUGGCAGGUUGCUUGGGCGCACCCGAAAUAUGGUAACUUGCUGGCUUCCUGUUCUUACGACCGAAAAGUCAUAAUUUGGAAGGAGUCUGGCGAAUGGACCAAGUUAUAUGAAUAUACAGGACAUGAAAGCUCUGUUAACUCCGUUGCAUGGGCACCCGAUGAGUAUGGACUUAUACUAGCAUGUUGUAGUUCUGAUGGGUCCAUAUCUAUAAUCACAUAUAACCAAGAUGGUGGUAACUGGGAUGUUAAAAAGAUUCCUGCUGCACAUGCCAUUGGUGUAAAUUCUAUCAGUUGGUGUCCAGCAAUAUCUGCAGACCUAAAUCUGGAUCCUCUUAGUAAUAAGGAUGCACCCAAACGGAUAGUAUCUGGGGGAUGUGAUAACUUGAUAAAGAUUUGGAAAGAACAAGGAGACCAAUGGGUGGAGGAGACUCGUCUCGAAAUGCACAUGGACUGGGUGAGAGAUGUUGCUUGGGCACCUUCACUGGGACUUCAACAUUCCAUGAUUGCUAGUUGCUCCCAAGAUAAAAGAGUUGUAAUCUGGACAAGCGAUGAUAAUGUAUCUUGGACACCAACAAUUCUUAACACUUUUGAUGACAUAGUAUGGAGUGUCAGCUGGUCACUUACUGGGAACAUUUUGGCUGUUUCUGGUGGUGAUAAUAAAGUCAGUCUUUGGAGAGAAAACACUGACGGACAGUGGUUAUGCAUAAGUGAAGUUGCCAAAGGAUUGGGUCAAACCCCAAAUGAAGAAAGAAGCACUCUU